GGCUACUGCCCCCCUCAUAAAAGCAUCGGGCCGAAAGGCGCGCCCUGUUUCCUGCUGCUGGUGCUAGAAGGAGAGGCUGCUGUCCUGAAGGCAGUAAGUGGGUGGGAGCCCGGAGCAGUUUCGCAGCCAUGCGUGAGAUCGUACACAUCCAAGCUGGCCAGUGUGGGAACCAGAUCGGAGCCAAGUUCUGGGAAGUCAUCAGUGAUGAGCAUGGCAUUGAUCCCACAGGCAGCUACCACGGAGACAGCGACCUGCAGCUGGAAAGAAUCAACGUCUAUUACAAUGAAGCUGCUGGUAACAAGUACGUUCCCCGUGCCAUCCUUGUUGAUUUGGAGCCUGGUACAAUGGAUUCUGUCAGAUCGGGGCCUUUUGGCCAGAUCUUUAGACCUGACAACUUCGUCUUUGGCCAGAGUGGUGCUGGGAACAACUGGGCCAAGGGCCACUACACAGAGGGAGCUGAGCUAGUGGACUCUGUGCUGGAUGUGGUAAGGAAGGAGUCUGAGAGCUGUGACUGCUUGCAGGGCUUCCAGCUGACCCAUUCCUUGGGUGGUGGCACUGGCUCUGGCAUGGGGACUCUCCUCAUCAGCAAGAUUAGGGAGGAGUAUCCAGACAGGAUCAUGAACACCUUCAGUGUCAUGCCAUCCCCUAAGGUAUCAGACACAGUGGUUGAGCCGUACAAUGCCACCCUCUCCGUCCACCAGUUGGUAGAGAAUACAGAUGAAACCUACUGUAUUGACAAUGAGGCGUUGUAUGACAUCUGCUUCCGCACACUGAAACUCACAACUCCGACCUACGGGGACCUCAACCACUUGGUCUCCGCCACCAUGAGCGGGGUGACGACCUGCCUCCGGUUCCCUGGCCAACUGAAUGCUGACCUUCGCAAGCUGGCGGUCAACAUGGUGCCUUUCCCCCGCUUGCACUUCUUCAUGCCGGGGUUCGCCCCUCUAACUAGCCGGGGUAGCCAGCAGUACCGUGCCCUGACAGUGCCAGAGCUAACCCAACAGAUGUUUGAUUCUAAAAACAUGAUGGCAGCCUGUGACCCACGCCAUGGCCGCUACCUGACUGUGGCCGCCAUUUUCCGGGGCAGAAUGUCCAUGAAGGAGGUGGAUGAGCAGAUGCUCAAUGUCCAGAACAAGAACAGCAGCUACUUUGUGGAAUGGAUCCCCAAUAAUGUGAAGACGGCGGUUUGUGACAUUCCUCCGCGGGGCCUCAAAAUGUCUGCCACCUUCAUUGGCAACAGCACUGCCAUCCAAGAGCUGUUCAAGAGAAUCUCCGAGCAGUUCACAGCCAUGUUCCGGCGAAAGGCCUUCUUGCACUGGUAUACGGGCGAGGGCAUGGAUGAAAUGGAGUUCACAGAAGCAGAGAGCAAUAUGAAUGACCUGGUGUCCGAAUACCAGCAAUAUCAAGAUGCUACUGCAGAUGAGCAAGGGGAAUUUGAAGAGGAAGGAGAGGAGGAUGAGGCUUAAGUAAGCUUAGUGCAAUUGGGCAGGUGUUUAGGGAGAAAUCAGAUCAUUUAAAUGGAUGCAUGCUUUGGUUUUACUUGGUGCUUUUCACUGUUGCCUCUGGCAGUCUUGUGACCUCUACUCUAUGUAACCUUUAAAUCUUUAGAAAUAUUUUAUUGGCAAAACAGUUUAAAAGUUUUGGGAAGGAGCUUUCCAGGUAAAUGUGUAUAAGAACAGAGUGAUAUAAAGCUGUCUUUUGACACAAAGUAGUGGUGGCCUUCAAAGCUGAAUGGCAAAUUUUAACUUAAAGAAUAAAGUUACAUUUGUGUCAAUGCAAUGGAAGCUUCUUUAGCCUUACUGGUACUGAACUUAAUUGUCAAUCCAAUCAUAAUUCUGUGCUGCAGCACUGAAAGCUUUGUUGCUGGGGGAAGAGUCUUAAUAGUUUAUCUGAAUAAAAUGACUAUCAGGUUCUCUGUAGAGAAAUGGGAUAAGCGAUUGAAUUAUCUCAGGAACACAGAUCAUCCUGGAGAGAAUUUAUCUAUGUGGUCGCUAAGAGUCAACACCGACUUAACAGCACUUAUCAAUCAAUCAAAAGGCAAAGAAACCUAGACAUACUCACUUUUGUUCCUUUGUUGGUGGUUCACAGAGAACUGCCCCCUCUUAAAAUUGAUUCUUGACAAAUACGGAUGGUGCUUUAUAGAAUCAUACAAGAUAUUUAAUUUUGGUUUCUUCCCCUUGUGUUCUGAUGAUGCUCUGUGUAGAAAUGCUGUCUGCAAUUUUGUGUUGAAUACAUUUCUCUUUCAUUCAGUAUCUCUUCAAUUAGGUUUCUUAAACAGGAUGCAUAUAUUUCAUUCACACUUGCAGAAUGAGAACUUGUCUUACAAGUUUUCAGGAGCACCUCUUCAGACAGAUGACCUUUUUGUAUAGAUUUGGGACUUCAUCUGAUAAAAGGGACCACUGGGUUAUGUGGGGGUAGGGGAGGGAGCUUUAUCUUUUUCACUCCAGUAGCUGGGAUAUAUUUCUAGAAACCUUUUGUGUUCAAAAUCAUGCCUGCCAGUGUUCUUCACGGUAUAACUGAAACUAGUUCAAGUUGCACCUUCUUCCUUUAAAAGGAUGGAAAAAAAUAUUGAUGCAAGGAUUGGGAUGUGGUGGCAAACAGGAUGUUAACAGAACAGGCAUGGAUUCCAGUAGCGGUGAUGAAGCAUGCUUUCUGUGGCAGUGUGUUGGCAUUCUUUGUGCAUUGUGCAAACUCAUCAGUUCUCUGUAACAGUCAUGAAAUCAAACUUAUUCCAAUGACUUUUGUUGUGUUUAAUGUUGGACUCUAUAUAAAGGCAUGUGUUCUGAAUAA